GCACCAAUAGGGAAACACACGGACCGUGGAGGCGCGUGUCGAUCACAGUGAUUCAGUCUUUCGUCGUAUUUCUUCAUGCGAAAAUGUCCUACCGCGAUUUACGUAAUUUCACGGAGAUGAUGAGGGUGUUGGGCUACCCGAGGCUGAUUUCCAUCGCGAACUUUCGCGUGCCGAACUUCCCCCUAGUCGCGGAGAUCCUGAUCUGGCUGGUGAAGCGCUUCGAUCCGGACGUCGAUAUUUCUAGCGACCACGAUACCGAGGAACAACGCGUGGCAUUGAUACGCACCGUUGCCGAGUUUAUGGCGUUAAAGACGAACGUCAAGUUGAACACGAAGAAGCUGUAUCAAGCGGACGGUUAUGCUGUGAAGGAACUGUUAAAAAUGACCGUUCUGCUGUACGAAGCGCAAAGUAGUAGCGGCAGCGCCGAGCAAAAUCGACCCGGUAGCAAUCAGAAUACGGCAAAUUUCGACAUAUCUGACAAAAUUAACGAGCUGAAAACGACGCGACAGCUCGCCAGUCAACUAACCAUCAACGGGGCGACCCUCUUCGACCUGCUCGGCCGAGAAGUAGAGCUACGUGAGAUUCGUAAUACCAAAGUCGCCAGGCAGUUUGACACCUCGGAGAUCGAAAUAGCUUUAAAGGACGUAAUCGACAGUACGCGCAAAGAGAUCGAUGAAACCAGAAGGCAGAUUGAUAAUGUCAAGGACACAGAACAAAACUUGGACGCAAGGAUCGAAAGACGGCGAACGGAACUGGACAGAAAUCAAAAGAGGCUUCAAACACUAAAGAAAGUUCGUCCAGCUUUCAUGGAGGAGUUCGAGAAGCUCGAAGUCGAGUUGAGAGCUUUGUACGACGAUUAUUUGCAAAAAUUCCGUUACCUGGCGUACCUGGAACACUUGUAUGAAGACGCGGCUAAGGCGGAGCAAGAGAGAUUCGAGAGACGGCAAGCCGCGACCAAGAAGCAACUGGAGCAAAUGAGAGCCGAAGACACGAGCUUCGAGAGCAUGAUGGAGGGCAACGACUCGAUCUUCGCGACGAAUCUCCAAGAACCCUUGGUCACCCCCUUAACAAACACGGAAACAACAGCGGCGGAAAAAUCCGGCCAAUCCGCCCAUGUGAAACCAACCACCGGAAGGACGUCGAAGAUGCAGUAUACUCAACGGCGCCUCUACGGCAGCAUGUCCGGCCGGCAGAGAGGUACGAUCCAGGAGUCGAACGACAGCGACGGCUCGUUGGACAGCGACAGCGACCUGCUGAUCGACGGCGACCUGGACGACGACGACGACGAGGAUCUGCUGAACUCCGUCGGGGCGCCCGAUAUCGGCAGUUACAAUCUCAAAGCCGGCCAAGAGAAGCGGGCCGUCAGCAAGAUAGACCAUUCGGAUGACGAUUUUUAACCGGCGAAACAACCCGCGC